CAAGAUGGCGGCAGCAGUGGGUGCGAUAGUUGUGCUGGCUUUUUUGGCCAUUUUGGGGUCUGUUAAUGCAGAUGGAAGGAUUUUGGUGUUGUUGGAUAAUAUGGCGAUGAAAGAAACGCAUUCAAUAUUUUUCAAAUCUUUAGCAGAUCGUAAAUAUGAGUUAACAUUCAAGACUGCAGAUGAUCCUGGUUUGAAAUUAACAACUUAUGGUGAAUUUCUUUAUGAACAUCUUAUCAUAUUUUCACCUACAGUUUAUGAGUUUGGUGGUAAUAUUGAUGUGGCUACAAUAACUAAUUUCAUUGAUGAUGGUGGAAAUGUGUUAGUUGCUGCAAGUUCAGAUAUUGGUGAACCAUUGAGAGAUUUAGGUGCAGAAUGUGGCAUUGAAUUUGAUGAGGAAAAAACAGCUGUGAUUGAUCAUCUAAAUUAUGACAUAGCCGAUGAUGGACAGCAUACACUUAUAGUAGCUGAUCCUUCAGGUCUCAUUGAUGCUCCUACUAUUGUAGGUCCCAAGAAAAAUGCACCUGUACUGUUCAGAGGUGUUGGUAUGACAGCAGAUCCAGAAAAUGAAUUGGCAUUGGAUGUAUUACAUGCAUCAUCUUCAUCAUAUUCUUUUUUUCCAGAUGAAAAAAUAAGUGAG